AAAAAUGAUCGCUUAUCGUUCCCCACUACAAUCACAACUUCUACCCCUGCUUGUAUUUGCCUCUAUACAGUUCAGUGGUUGAUUCAUGUCGUGGAAAGCUGUUUGGCCCUUCUAUACUGGCGUCUUGAUAGACAUCAUAUCUGCCAGUAAACAAUGCACACAAGCAAAUAGCAUAAAUGGAAUGGCUCUGCAGGGAUUUGUCUUCAAGAAGUUCUCAGUAACAACCAUCCAUGAGUGUGAUAUGAGUUGUCAGAGAGAAAUCACCUGCCAAAGUUUCAAUUACGUGAUAGUAGAAAAGUCCUGUGAACUGAAUAACCGGACCAAGGAGGCAAGACCUGAGAACUUCCAACCAGACCCUGCUCGGUUUUACUACACGCGUUUUGUGGGAAGGACUCCUUUGGGAUCCAUUCCACAACUGCCUGCAAAGUCGUGCCGGGAAAUAAAGGCAAGUGAAGGCCAAGAUGCCAUCAGCAACAAGUACUGGUUGGAUCCAAGUGGAAAUGGAAAGGCUGUGCUGGUUAAUUGCGACAUGGAAAUGGAAGAUAUCGAUGAAUGUAUCACCGGCAAUCACGACUGUCAUGUGAAUGCCACCUGUACCAACACCAUUGGCUCACAUAAUUGUACAUGUAAGGAAGGAUUUACUGGAGACGGACGCUUGUGCUCAGCUUUUAACUGUGCUGAAAUCCAGAAAUCAGCGGGUAAAUCAACUGACGGUACGUACACCAUCAAACCUGAUAACAUGACUGCCUUUGAGGUAUUCUGUGACCAAACAACAGCUGGUGGAGGAUGGACUGUGUUCCAGAGGAGACUGGACGGCUCGGUUGAUUUCUACCGUAACUGGAGCGACUACAAACAUGGCUUUGGUGACGUUUAUGGUGAGUUUUGGUUAGGAUUGGACAAGAUUCACCGCCUGACCUCAGAUAACAACAGCAUGCUGCGUGUGGAUUUGGAAGACUUUAAAGGGAAUACAACUUAUGCUGAGUAUAAUAUAUUUGGUGUUAUGAGUGAGAAAGACAAGUACAGGCUAAUCCUCGGUUUCUAUUCAGGAUCUGCUGGUGAUUCUCUCUCUUAUCAUCGUGAUCGGCCAUGGAGUACUCCUGAUCAAGAUAAUGAUGAGUAUCCGUUCGGAAACUGUGCAGAGUAUUAUCACGGAGCCUGGUGGUAUAAAAGGUGCUCCCGUUCUAACCUGAAUGGCAGAUAUCAUCGUGGAAAUGACUCUUCCUAUGCUCCUGGAGUGACUUGGAGAGAGAAAGAGAGAAAGAGAGAAAGGCGUUUUCUGAAGAGGACCGAGAUGAAAAUUAGACCAGCAGAUUUCUGACUUUCAUGACUAUAUUAAAACCGCCUUUUGCACAGAGUUAGCAAAAAGCGAGUGAUUCUACUUAAUUUGUUUGUUUAGUAGUCCGUGAUAUACGAGUUUCCUUCAUCAAUAGCGUAUUUUACACCAAGAGGAGUAAAACUAUGCCGUUUUAA